AUGUCUUUACAUAAUAAUAACUAUAGUGUCUUCGCUCCAUACAAUAUCUCACACCUAAACUUGGUGUCUCUGGACCCAUCUCCAGUAGAGUUGACACAAGAAGAGUUGGCGGCAGAACUGGAAUUAUGGGGAAACAAACAAUUCACAUUUGACGUGCCGCCUGGUAUGGGCUUACUGGACGACGAUUUUGAUGUUUCCCCGGAAGUCGCUAAGCUUAAAAAUGACGUGGUUAAUAAUAACGUGGUGGGAGUUAAUGCGAGUGCUGGAGUGCCGGGUACCGCUACUGCUGGUUUCCAAGAGUUUGAACUUUUGCCUCAUCUACCACAAGUGUUUUCUCCUAGUGUGCCCCAAUAUUUCACAUUUACAACUACCAAUCCCGUUGUUACUGCUCAUUUGCAAUCAUUAGAUUAUCCCUUUUAUCCUGCUCCUAUACCACCAUCAUCGACUCCCACUAGAACUGGUAAUCAGAUGAUCUUGCCUAAACAACCAUCGCCCAUUACUACUGAACAAAAAAUUGCACCUGCUCCACCGAUUACUACCAGUACAUCAACGAAUCGUAAAAAUUCCGGCAUUACGAAAUCAUCAUCACAACGUCACGAUAAAAAAGUCGUAGUUGCUGCUUCCGAUUCUCCUCGUUCCAAUAGCAACAACAAUGACGCUUCAUCGAAAUCAUCAUCGAAAUCGUCGAAAUCUGCAAAAUCUUCCAUAAAGUCAGAUGACGACAAUAAGGAUGAAGAAAAAGUAGAUACUAAAAUUACCGCUUCUGCCACAAACACCACAUCUGCCGCAUCAAGUGUGGAUAAAAAAGAUGAUAAUACCGAAGAAAAUAAUAAAACAAAUGAUCCAGAAUCUGCAGCGAAAAUCGCCGCCGAAGAAGAUAAACGCAGGCGUAAUACUGCUGCGUCGGCUAGAUUCCGAAUUAAAAAGAAAAUGCGAGAACAAGCUCUUGAACAUACCGCCAAAGAAAUGACUGCAAAGGCUGAGAUGCUUGAAGGUAGAGUGAAAGAAUUGGAAUUGGAAGUGAAAUGGCUUCGUAGUUUGAUUGUGGAAAAAGAUGCUAGACUAUUGGAUAUUCAAAGACCUGAAAAGAGAAGACGACUCGAUCCUAGUUAA